GGCGGUGCCAAUCAAGUCUGAGAGUUCGUGAGACAACGCCAUUUUACGUGGUUAAGAGUGUUGAUUUCAUGUGGUUUUCGUAAACUUGUGGGCGAUGUCAGUGUUCGUGGAGUAGUGUUUUCAAGGAAUGGACUGUUACCUGAAUUUAUUAUACGUGCAUAUGGUACGAGAAACUGAAUCCAUGGACUGUGCUACAGGCAGUGGACUUCGACAAUGUUCUGGGUUGAGUACCUCACACGUCUCACGUCGGAACAGUUCAUCGGUGGCGGCGGCGUGGUGAGGGCGAGGGCGCGGGAUGCCGCUGCCGAAGCGCGUGGUGGAGCCGGUGCUGGUGUCGCGCGGCACCAUCCCCGAGGACUUCCCGCUGCCCUCGGAGCUCGAGGCGGCCACCAACGGCACGCUCGCCAACCUGGUGCGCCAGCUGUCCAGCCUCAGCCGGCACGCGGAAGACAUCUUCGGGGAGCUCGCGCGCGACGCCCACGGCAUCGCGGCGCGCUGCGCCAGCCUCCAGGCGCGCAUCGACCGCCUCGCCGUCAAGGUCACGCAGCUCGACUCCAACGUCGAGGAGGUUUCGUUGCAAGACACACAUUUGAGAAAAGCCUUCAAAAGUUCUGUAGUGUUUGACCAGCAAGUGGUCUCUAGGGAUACAAUGCCCACUGCAAUGAUGGAAAUGUACCAGCAAUGCGACAAGCCGCCACCUUUAGACAAACUGAACCAAUACAGGGAGGACGGAAAAGAUGGACUGAAAUUCUACACAGAUGCAAACUACUUCUUUGAUUUGUGGCGACAGGAAAUGCUGAAAGACACUGAACGUGUUAUGCAUGACCGUGGAAAAAAGCCUCACAGACCACGUGCAGAAGGUGGGGGUGGCAGACACAAGAAGAGGGUCCGCCAGCCCCACAACACAAGGGAGCGCCAGCUAAUGAUUGCUGUAGGCCAUGGGGAAUACAUCAUGCCGCAGACAAUCUACCGGUCACCUCAGCCAUUGCCACCACAACACCAGCAGCAACAAAUGCAGAUAGUGGAUGAGACUAUGCUUGUGUCUGAGCCAAGACCGCCCAGGCCCAACAGCAUUGAACUGAGGCGCACAUACCCAGAUGACGUCAACUCGUCACUUUACAAUUCCACUGGUGUCUACAGUCCACGUCAUGCACCUCCACCCCCACAUAGUCCUACGGAGCAAUACUAUCGACCAAAUUAUGUUGGAGGAUAUGAUGAAGCAACGUACCAACAGCACUACGCACAAGGGCAGACGUUGUCCAAUGAAGGCUAUCCAACCCCCAACAAUCACACCCCUAGCCGUAGCAAUGGCCCUAGAGGGGUGUCUCAGAGGCCAUCAGUGCCUCCACCAGCACCACCAAGCAACAAUUCUAGCAACAGUACACCAACUGUGUCAUCCGCUACAAAUACGCCAACACGUGGCCGCAGCACAAGCACAGGGCGAGAGACAUUGCCUCCACCUCCACCACCCCCAGUGGAUGUCCCAUUAUCACCACCCCCAAGUGCAGGCGCAUUGUCUGGAGGCGAGAGUGUUCCAGACAGUCCUGCAUUGCAGCGGGCAGUUUCACCAGAACGACCACCAUCCGAUUUGCCACCCCCGCCACCUUCACCUGAUAGACAGUUACAACCAGCCCCUCCUGUCCCGUCUCCCCCACCACCAUUACUUCCAAUACGACCUCCUUCACCGUGUGAUGUGCCACCACCCCCACCCCCGCCGCCUCCUCCGCCUGUUAUUGCUACUUCUAAUGGGUUACCAAAUGGCCCAAUCUCUCCACCACCAGUGACAACUCCUGCCCCUCCCCCUCCCAACUCACCACCCCUGCAAAAUGGUGACAUUGGGAAGUCUCCGAAUAAACAACAGAUUAUUUCCACAUCACCACCCAAGAUGUCACCACCUAAAGCUGAAAAUCAGAUCCGCGCAAAAAAUCCAAAUGUUGCUCCUGAAUGUGACCCAAGAAGUGAUCUCCUCAAAGCUAUUAGAGAUGGCAUCAAAUUGCGCAAAGUGGAGAAAAUUGAACAGAAGGAGGUAGAGCGGGUCAAUGCUCUCCAUGAUGUAGCAUCGAUCCUUGCACGGCGAGUUGCUGUAGAAUUUUCGGACUCUGACUCUGCGUCAGAGAGUGAAUAUGACAGCGAGGGUUGGGGUGAUCAAGAGACGAGUGCGUGACAUCGGCGGACUGACAGUGGUCAGUCUUACCGCCAGGAGGAUCCACCACAGGUGCCACCUCCUCCUUCACCCGCUGAAACGGCUCCAGCAGUCACCGACAAGUGAUAUCACCAUGUGGUACAGAGGCCAGCACUCUGUGGAGUGUAAUAGCUUGGCUGACUGCUCUCUUUUGAAGAAUGUACAAGUAAAAUUUGCUGAAGAUUUCUCAAGAGCCUGUAUUAAUAUUUUGAAGAUCAUCAAUUUUAUGAGGAACUGAAUAUUUUGCAAAUUUUCAGAUUUAUGAUAAACUGGCAGAUGCACAGUUAAAAAUUCAAUAUAAACUGCUUAUUCUUGAAAAUACAAAGUUUCUUCAUUGGAUGUAGAGGAUAGGGUCCUCCCUAUUAAUUUAAAAAAUAAAAUAACCAAAUGAGUCAUUGUGUUCACUUUUGUUUGUUAAUCAAAUAAAGAGAAAUAAAUAAAUGACCCUCAUAAUUGUGAUAACAAAUGAAACAGAUUGACACAAAAUGUUAAAGACUGCUUCAGCUCCUUUCUUUAUUGAAUCCAUAUCGAGUGCUGGAUUAAUGCUUGUGUAGUUCCUAACAGUAAGAAAAAUAUUCAGGAAUAAAUGAACAGUCAAUGUAUGAUCUAUUCAUAGUUCAACCCAACACGGUUCAUUUGGAUAAAUAAUUUAUGCAAGUGCGGGCUUUAGUUCACUCCCCAGAGCCGAAUAGUGAUAUUCACAAACUGGAAAGGCAUCCAAGACAUUUAGCAAAGAACGGUGACAUUUGAAAACUGAGAAACACAUUCAGAAUUGCAGAAAGCACAAUGUUUUCUCUUGUCACAAUCCCCAGUGGCUGUACAGCAUUGUUCUUGGUCGAUGAUGCAUGGAUUGUAGAGCCACUGAUUUUUAGCAGUACCAUUGCAUAUAUCCAUUUGCUCAGAACAGGAUCUUUAGUAUAUUUCCUUAAAUAUCAUAGAAAUAUACUAAUGUGCAUUGCUUUCUAACAUCUGUGAAGGAAAUGUAGUUGAGUAUGUACAUUAUGUGGUGCUAAUCACCCAGUAAGCACAAUACUUUGCCUUUUUAUUUAAUGGAAAAAUUGUACAUGUUGACUCUAAAGGUGCAAAAUUGUUUCUAAAAUUUAGUGAUAAAUAUCAAAGAAAUGGAACCAUUCGCUUGUUCAGCUUUCUACAUGUGUAUGAGAGCAGCCUAGUGCAGCAUCAGAUGUGAUGGACUGUGCUGAAAGGAACUCCAUUUCAACACCCACAGUGGAGUAGUCCUACUACACAAAGUACUACACUGUUGUAUCGAAAUAUGCAAUUAAACCAUGUGAAUAACAAAAAAACAUGGAUCACUCAGAACAGCUGUAGCAAAGUAAAAUGCUGUUUCUGAAUACCACAUAUGUGCUGUGAUUUUUAGUUUGUAUUUGUAGGUUUAUUGUGGUUAUAGAAACCAACAAAGGUUGGAUGUAGGUGUUAAUUUUGUUCCUUUCUCAUAGACCAUCACUGCCAGGCAGUGCUGCAUUUUACAGUUGAUAAAAGAAAGGUGGGUGUUGUAUCCACUAUCCUGUAUUUACUUCCUUUGUACAGUGUUCAGAUUUUGUUUGUAAUUUCCAAGGAAUUUAAUUCAUAAGAAGUUAACAGUGCUAUUAAUACUGUAAUAUUAAAAUAGAUAUAGUAAUAUUUUUCCUGACUUUUGUUAGAUUUUAUCUGCUACAUAAAACAGUUGUAAUGAAAUAUACUAUAUACUUAUAUUAAUACAAAAUGCAUGUAUGAAUAGUUGUGGAUUGUGCUUUUCCUGAACUUUGUAAUGAUUGUAGUAGUAGACACUCUGUACAAUGUAAAAAGACAUUUUGAAGCAUUAUGUACAUUAUUAAGAAAUGUAAGAUGUGCUGAUGGGGUGUGUGUGUGUGUGUGUGUGUGUGUGUGUGUGUGUGUGUGUGUUUUGUGAAGUAUUCCUGUUUGAGUGAACUGUAAGAAUAUACCAUAAAUGCUUUUUCAAAACAAAAAUUACUUUUGACUGGCUGAUUCAUGUUAGUAAAAGAUUUGAACAUUUGAGGUUUCUUUUUGGAUAUUAAUUUGGUGUUAACUUACAAAUAAUGACACUUGUAUUCAUAUUAUUCAAUAUGUGACAAAAAUCUCUACUGCUUUCCUCAAAAUAAUUUAUUUAAUUGUAGGUAGUAGAUAUAAUUCCAGCUGCACAUAUUUUGAAUUUCUGACCUAAGAAGAACUGGCCAUACUCACUUCCUGAUGCUCAGCUGUGCUCAAGUCUUUCUCAUUAUAUAUUGCUAUCAUCUGCUACAGAGAUUGUUUAUCUAGGUAUUCUCAGGUGCUUAGUUACCAUUUUUUUUUAAUACUAUCUUGUUUCCCUUAUUCGUAUUACGCUUUUAACUCUUCCAUCCAAUGCAUAUGGAUUUGUUGCAGUACCUGGUGAACUUGCCAUCUUUAUAAAAAUGUAUCAGCCAUGUCACAUUGCAAUAGUUUGGCAGUAAAAUAUAAAACUUCCAUGUUAUUAAUUGUGAUCUAUUUGUUCAAGAGUUAUGUCCUGUACUUACAUUCAGAUUUGAAAAACAAGUGUAAAAGACACAUUCAGAAUAUUGCAUGGUGUAAUUGCAGUAUUAGUGUGCCCACUGGUGCAUCUGUGCUUGGCAGUUGAAUAAAAGUAUUGAGAUAAUGUUUGUAACAUACAGUUCUUUAAUGGUGAUGUUUAUACAUCUCGAGAAUAAUAAAUAUUCUUUACUGAUA